UGUGGAAUUUUAGUUAUGAAUUUUAAAAAUUUGUUAGUUCAAAGAUACUUUGAUAUAGUAUAUUCUAAGUAUGUUUUUACAUCUGUCUCAUCUUUUAGAGCAAGAUUUGAAUCAGUUAUUGGCCCAGUAUUACAACAGUGUAAGCAGCCAAUAGAGGAAGCUCUUUUUCAGGCAGGUCUAGGAAAGAAUGACAUCUCCAAAGUAAUCCUUUGUGGAGGUUCGGCAAAGGUGCCAAGAAUUCAGCAGUUAGUUUCAGAUGCAUUCCCGGAUGCUGAAGUAUUAAAUACUAUUUCACCUGAUGAAGUUAUUGCAGUAGGAGCAGCUGUUGAGGCUGCUCUUCUGUUAGGAAAAGACAUCAAGGAAAGUCCUGAACUUAGUAGUCAUAUUCUAGCUGUGCAGAAUACACUCUAUAUAAAGUCUCUUGGAAGUGAUGGUGAAGAUUUAUUAGUCCCUAUUAUUCUUUCGGGCACUCCUGUUCCCACCAGGUGGCAAGACAGCUUCCAUUUACCAGAAGGUCAAGACAGUGUUUGUUUAGAAUUUUUUAAAGGAUAUCAAGAUGACAUGAAACAAACAGUUUUGUUAGCUAAGUUGAUAAUGAAGGAAAUACCAGAUGGAAUUCUUUUGGUUUCUUGUCAUAUCAGAAGGUAUGUAGUAUUUGUGAAACAUUAUUUUUCUCUCAUUUUGAGCAAGUAAAAUGAUUGUAUUAUAUUUUUC